AUGUCCGACAGAGCAGACUUUCUCGCUGGCAUCGCCGCCAGUGGCUGUGGUUCUAUUUUUGGAAUCGAGGGAGACGACUUUGGCUCAUUCGACUCUCCCUACCCCGACCCAUCCCCUCCUGCCGGCUUUCAUGACGACCUUGACCACAGCAUGUCGGAUGACGAUUCCAUCUCCUGUGAUGGAAGUUCAGAGUCCAGUGUUCCUGUCAAAGCCACAAAGCCAAGCAAGGGCAAGAAAUCCAAGUUGUCAAAGGCGUUGAGAAAGGCUCAAAAGAGCGACAAGAAGAAGGAACAGAGGAUGUUGAUGGCGAGAAAGAGGCAUGAGGUGAAGAUGAAGAGAAGAAUCUUGGCCUCUAACCACCUCUCGGAGGAAUCGAAGAACAACCUCGAACGCAUCGCAAACCAGGCGCGCAUCGAGUUUGGUGGAGAUGUGGAAAAGAAGACCGAGCAUCUUGAAUGGGCGGUGAAGACUCUCAACACUGCCGGCUAUGCUUACUACAUCAACCUCAUGGGUAUCGACAAGGAGAUGCAACUCGAGCUGAUUCUCCUACAGCGCAAGGAGAAGCCAAUGAAAGCAAAGACCCUUGCAAUGAUGCAGCUCAACCUGACCAAGAAAGAGAAGAUGACCCUGUAUAGGGAGACGGACAAGAAGGGACUCACGCGCCGCCAACAAAGACAGCUCAAAGCCACCGGAACUUUCGAACUGCCCUACAUCCGCCCGUCGCGCAAGGAACGCCCCACCGCACAACUCCUGGCCUCGCAGGCAAGAAAAGACAAGUUCAAGGAGAUGGUCCGAUUGAGCAAUCAGAAGGUCAGCCUCGACCAGGAAACACAGAAACAGUUUCACGCAUGGGCUAGACUGCAAUUGGGCAAGAAAUGGAUCCCCAAGUUCAACGCACUGUUUCCCGUUCGUUGA